AUGUGGCGUCGCUUCGGUGUGUUGUGCUUUCUCGUGGGAGCUCCUCUGAGCUCGGCCUCCAGUGCUGCCCACCUCACCAUGAUGGUGUCUAAGGAGUCCACCGAUUCGGCUACCACCACCGCCUCCUCCGGCUCCUCGACGACCGCUGGAACGGUAACAGCUGCCGACACUGAGGGAUCUUCGUCCUCCACUGGUACCGUUGGCAGCACGACGACAAACUCGUCGUCUAGCAGCGGUGGUUGGCACAUGACAACCGUCACCUCGGUGCAAGCUCGUGUGCAGGGUGACGCCCCUGUUUGGAACGAGGAAGCGCAGCUGUGGUUGUCUAAGUACGGCGAUACCACGGAGGCUGCCUACAUGAACAAUCUGGACACGGUCAACACUGCGUCAGUCGAGGGAGCGCUAAUGUUCGUGCAGGCCGAGGGUAUCAACGUCAAUGAGCAGUCGGUCAAGUGCCAGCGCAAGAACAACAUGCAGUAUGUGGUCUUUUACGAGAUCACGAUCGUGCAGCCGACGUACGGUAUCAAAUACUACGAGAGCCACACGCCUCCGGAGUAUGGCGAGUUCGUGGCCAUGGACGGCGCCAAGUGCACGGACGAGGGCAGUGAUCUGUCAGAGGACUGCAAGGUUUACUAUGGUCUAGAUGGGGAAAUGGACAUUGGUCCGAUGGUGGGCAGUAACCUGCAGACGUCGGACCCGCGUGCUCCGUACCCUGGCAACUACUGGUUCUCGUACCCGAACUCGUGCGCACAAGAGCUGCGUGAAGACAAGACGGACGAGUGCCGUGCCGAGUACCCGGGUGGUCUCUGCGCUGUGGGCGUUAAGCCUGACGGUGACAACUGCACCUUCAGCUACAAGAUCUUGGGCUACCUGAACAUUGAUGACCUGGUCGGUAUUACCGAGUUGGGCUACAGUAACUACACGGAGUUUUGCGAGGACGGCGGUGUGGAAUUCAAGGCUUCAAACACCGGCAGUGGCUUCGAAGUUGAAGAGAGCAUUGACUUCUGGCUGAACCCUGGCGACGAGGAUGCCAACUCGAAUCGUACGUCCAUCAUGGUGGAGAUGUACAACGAGCUCGCCAGCAACGGCACUAGUGCCAACAUGGAGGCCCUUCCGACAAUCGAGAAACUAACCUCGGCAAACCCAAAGUGCUACGAGAAUAGUGAGGCCUGUGCUACCUCCCAGCACGGCUGCAACCGUACGCUUUACUCUCAGAUCUGCACUGUGUGCUCGUCUGAUGCUGAUGGAUGUGAGGCCGCUCCGUCUUCAUUCUCUUUCCCGAAGCUUACGCUGCCGUCGAACAGCUCAUCGGACGGCUCGUCGGACUCGGACUCGACGACUACCGGCUCGUCGGGCAGCCCCGUGACGGCUUCGUUUGCGUCGGUGCUCGUGGGUGUUGUUGCUGUCGUCGCCAGCAGCCUGCUUUAA